GCCUAAUAAAUUUCCAUAUAGAAGAUAAGAGUUCCAUAGCUCCAUCGUAUCCAUCAUGGACUUAAUGGGGCUCUUGGAGAUAUUAUUGGCUCUUCUUUGCUUCAUCAUCGUUCGCCAUCUCAGAAGCAACAGCCAUGACCUUCCAACAAAUUGGCCGCUCAUUGGUAUGUUGCCGGCCCUUCUGAGCCAAGUUCUGCGGGUGCAUGAUUGGAUCACUGAGAUCCUAGCGCACAAUGCCAUUUGCAACUUCCUCUUUCGAGGCCCGUGGUUCUGUGAUAUGGAUAUGUUGAUAACGGUGGACCCUGCGAACAUCCACUACAUCAUGAGUGCAAACUUUGUGAACUUCCCCAAGGGGUCCGAGUUCAAGAAGAUCUUUGACGUUUUGGGAGAUGGGAUAUUCAAUGCGGACUAUGAGCUGUGGAAGGACCAGCGGAGAGUUGCCGUGUCAUUGGUAAAUCACAGGGAGUUCCACCGGUUCUUGGCGAGGACUAGUCAGGACAAGAUCCAAAAUGGGCUGAUUCCUAUUCUUGAUCGUGCCUCCACGGAAGGGCUUGUGGUGGAUUUGCAAGAUUUAUUCCAAAGAUUCACAUUCGACUCAAUUUGCAAGUUGGUUACUGGGUUUGAACCUGCGUGCCUUUCUAGUGAUUACCCAGAAGUUCCAUUUGCUAAGGCAUUGGAUGAAGCCGAGGAAGCAAUCUUCUUCCGUCAUGUUUUCCCAAAAUUCCUCUGGAAGCUACAAAGGUGGAUAGGGAUUGGAGAAGAAAAGAAGUUGAGCGAAGCUUGGAAGUGCUUUGAUCGAAUCAUAGGAAAAUACAUCGAGAAAAAGAGGGAGGAGCUAAGAAAAGGAGAGGAGUCGACAUCAAAAGAAGAGAGUUUUGAUUUGUUAACAUCAUAUAUGAAUAUGGAGAAGGAUGAUAUAUCGGGUCUAGACUGUAACAACGACAAGUUCUUGAGAGACACGAUCUUGAACCUCGUGCUUGCAGGGAGAGACACGACUACUUCGGCACUUACUUGGUUCUUUUGGAACCUCUCGAAGCACCCAUCGGUCGAAAUCAAAAUCAGAGAAGAAAUUAAUUCACUUGCAAUGGAAGAAGAAGAAAUGCUCGAGGGUGGAGAAUGCAUCAACAAGCUGGUUUACUUGCAUGGAGCGAUCUGCGAGUCUCUGAGGCUGUACCCACCAGUUCCAUUCCAGCACAAAAGUCCAAUAAAACCCAACGUGCUGCCUAGCGGGCACAGUGUGAAAGCCCGCUCGAGGAUUCUGUUCAGUCUCUAUGCGAUGGGAAGGAUGCCCUCAAUCUGGGGGGAAGAUUGCUCAGAGUUUAGACCUGAGAGGUGGAUCUCAGAUAAAGGAACAAUCAGACACGAACCAUCUUACAAGUUCCUCACCUUCAAUGCAGGACCUAGGACUUGUCUUGGGAAGGAAGUCGCCUUCAUACAAAUGAAGACUGUUUUGGCCACCAUAAUCCGGAACUUCCAUGUUCAGGUUGAGGAAGGUCAGGACGUCAGGCCCCGUGCUUCCAUUAUUCUUCACAUGAAGCAUGGGUUAAAGGCUCGGAUCUCCAGGAUAUCCGGAUACUAAAUAUAAAAAUGUGAGUCAGGCUUCUCCAACACUGUCGACUGUAUGAUUUUGCCAUAUGGUGUGUUCUAAAGUCUUGUGGCAACUGUGUAUCAUCGUAAACAAUAAAAAGAAGCCGAACUCCAUAAGCCUCUAGUUUGUAUCAAUCGUGAAUUAUAUAAGUUCAUGUCAUCUUGGGAUCGUCUGCUCAAUGAACUUAUCGUUAGACUUUGUUUUUCUCA